UGUUGAGAGAUCAAGAAACUGCCGGAGCAGAAGGUGGCGGUAAUGUACCAAUACGCUGGAUGCCAACCGCCGUAAAAGAAGAAAGAAGAUUUGAUUGGCUGCCGAAAAGCCGCGGCUGGAAAGUCUUGUCCACGAACUGUUGUCAUCGUCUGUGAAGUUUCAUCUUUUGUUAAUGUCCGUUUAGAUCUCAUGCACCAUGCUUGACCAAUCAGAGUAUGACAUCCCAGAUUAUGAGCAUACAUUGGAUGAGAAAUUUCCUCCUCUGCCUGGUCCAUCAUCACCGGGACAGAGGGACCUUGAGGAGGAUCCUUUUGGCAAUGAAGAGGGUGAAGGAGAAGUGUCUAAACUAGCAGAAGUGCCGGUUGCAAAAAGAAAAUCAGUGAAGAGACCUCAGCCUAAACUGGAUGCUAACAGGUUGAUUUCUGAGAAGGGUCUUCCUGCUCUACGCACAUUAUUUGACAAUGUUAAGUUCAAUGGCAAAGGACAUGAGGCAGACGAUCUGAAGCUACUGCUGCGGAAAAUGGAAAACUGGGCACAUAGGCUUUAUCCCAAACUGCGGUUUGAAGAGUUCGUUGAGAAAGUAGAAAGUCUGGGGGCCAAAAAAGAAGUUCAGACAUGUCUCAAACGAAUUCGACUGGACAUGCCGUUAACACAUGAGGACUUUACCGAAGAGGCACAGGGUCCUGCACAGGAAGAGCCUGAUCUAGGUGGAGACAUAGAUUUUCCUGAGGAUCCGUUUGUCCAUUCAACUCCUGCUCCAGUCUCCCUUACUGAGGAACAGCAGAAGCGUAUAGAGCUCAACAAACAGCUUGCUCUGGAGAGAAGACUUGCACGGCAAAAGCAGCUAGAAUCCUCUCAGAAUGUUACCGAGGAAGAUGCAGAUGAUCCUUCGACCAGUUCUUCUGGACUGCACCUAAGUCAAGAAAAUGAGGGUGUUGUUGACCAGUGCACAUCUAACCAAACUCCACCCAAACAAAAGCCAGCAAAACUUCCCAGUUCCCCAUUAUUUGAUAAUGAGUGUGCCAGCCCAGUUCCAAAUGGCAUAGUUGAUGAUGAUGAUAGUAAUUGAUCUAAUGUUCCCUGUUUGUAAUACCAACAUCCAAAGUCUGCACCCUGCAUGACAACUGCAAAAUAAUUUUUGAGUAUGUACAGUCUCUUUAAAAUCACCACCAAGCAAUAUCACUUUUAUACUUUUUAUCUUUACACAUAUGCUUUAUCGUCAUAUUUCAAACCUCAUCUGCAUCUCAGUGGAAUGUUUAGGACAAAGUCACAUCAACUUAAUAUCACCUCUAAUGGUCUUGCAGACACACAGCAAUUUUAACACUUUAGCUUUAUCCUCUGUGAGGAUUUUAAACUCGUUCAAGAAACAUAUUUUCUCAGAUUUAUAGAAAAUCACAUCUCUUCCUCACAGAUGGUCCUAGCAUUCAUUGGUUUUAUUUUUAUUGUUGGCUGGAAUAUUAUCAAUAUCUAAAUGUACAAACACAACAGAUGCCAUCAUACACAGGGAACUUUUUAAAGUUGGUCAAAUAUCUCCAUUUAAAAAUCUUUUUUGUCAUGU